UGUUGACGAUAUGCGUUGUUGAAGUAAAGCCUUGCGUUAUUUCCAUACAUUAUUUUGGUGGUAAGUAACUGUAAUUUUGGUCACAAUUAUUAAGAAAGUCCAGGAAAUAUUUGUAGUCCCUCUUCUGCACACAUGAUCUGCUGGUUUUAGAAUAUGUUUUAAUGAGUAAUAGCAUUGCUUCAAAACAAUUUAAAAUCGUUUCUAUGAUUAGAGAAUCCUGUCAACACUCUGUACAAAACCACUCGCCAAACAAGCCGUAGAAUUUCAGCCUAGAUCAUGGUGUCUGUGUUGGUACGAGGUCCCGUUUUGACAAGUAGCCAAACGUUCGUUACAGGCAGUUUGACAUCUGAAAGCCCUGUUCGAUUCAAACUUUUAAAUGUGAUUUUAAUGACGAAUCGAUCUGUGCCUUUCGUAAUAAUAAUUUUUUGUGUGUUUUAAUGAAUUUGCAAGGGCUUUAUUCUGUCAAAUGGCAUCCAGGACGACCAAGCCAUGGAAAUUCAUGAGGUUCUCUUGAGGGCAUCGAUGAUUUUGGCAUUUCAGUCAACUAGUUAAGUUGGUUGAAUGAUUAUGUACAUGUUAAGAAUUUGAAUCUUUCACGAUAUGUAUAUUCUUUACAUUAAUUCUUUGUGAAUUACAAGAAAUUUAAUAAUCUCUUGUAAACUAAUGUCUCUAUCAUGUGUUUUGCAACACUAAACCAUCGAUUUUGUGAUGCUAAAAUAACGCUAUCAAAAUGAUUGAAUAUUAACAAUCGUGAUUUUGGAUAUCGUGCAAGGCUUUAUUCCUUAAAGUUUUGGUGUAGUCCUUGCUGAGGCCUCUCUGCGUAGUAUUUGAUUUUCAAAUUUGCGAACCAUACUGUUACGGCGUUGUUUGUUUUGUUUUUUCUCUCUCACUAUUGUUUCUCUCGGUUGCGCGAGACGAAAACAAAACUCACGCAACUGCACGGUUCGUUCACUCAAACGCCACCAUUCGCCACAAACGAAACACUCUCUCUCUCUCCUUUUUCAUGCUCCCACGACACACACACACGCGCGCGCGUUGGAAGGAAAGAGAAACCAUGAGAGCGAGAGCGAGAGCGAGACUGUGCGCGCGAGAGCCGUCGUGAGGAGGCAGGGCUGUCAAACCUGUCGGUGCCAUGGUCGCCUCCGGUUCCUUCUCCACCGAAAUGCCGGGCCGGCUCUCCUUUCGCGGUCGGUGGCGGUCUUUUCUGGAGUGAAGUAAAAUCGCGCUUCAUUCCAUUCCGUCGCCGCGGUGGAGCAUCGGCUGCUCUGUUCGCUGCACUGUUGGCUCCGCUGCGAACGAAACCGGGACCGGGGUUUGUCUUUCCUCGCGACUACUGCUCCGCGCUGCAACGUACGUCGGGUGGAGUUUCGCAUUUUCGCGCGUUCGCGUCCUACUACGUGCUCGGGGGAAUUUGUGGUGCAUCUUAGAAGAGAGUGAAAUUAGUGGCCAAAACAGUGAUCCAUCAUCGUCAGCGGAACGGUCGGUAAGCGGUUGAUAUACGUACAGUGCAGUGCAGUGCUUGAAGUGCAUCGUCCAACACCGUGACAGUUUGGCCAGACAGAGCCGUGUCGAUGUUUCGCCCCGCAUAGUUUAUGCACCGUGCCCCCGUUGUCAUCAUGCUGAAGAAGGAGAAACCGAUGCUGUCGGUGGCGGCAAUCAUUCAAGCGCAGGGCCGUUGGGAUCGAUCCCUGGCCGGGCUGGCAGGUACUUAUCAGGGUUUUGAUGCAGCGCUGGUCGGUCACAUGGGCCCGCUGUCACCGCCCGAUCUGAAGCCCGACCUGAAGCCGGACAUUUCGCUGCUGAACGGAAGUGGCGGUGGACCGUUCUCGCCCGGCAACAACUGUGGCCCGGGCAGCCCGGGCAGUGGCGGCUUCAACUCGGUCGUCCUGCAGCAACAGAAUGCGCUCGUUGUUGGUGGGGCACUCGGAAAUGGGACGGGACAGCAGAAUCUGCUCGUUGGAGGUGGUUCCCAGCAACAGCAGCAGCAGCAGCAGCAGCAGGGAAGCAAUGGAGGUGGAGGUGGCAGUGGACCGAACACUCCCUCCAACAUCACGCAGCAGUACCCGCCCAACCAUCCGCUCAGCGGCUCGAAGCAUCUCUGCUCGAUCUGUGGCGAUCGGGCCAGCGGCAAACAUUACGGUGUCUAUAGCUGCGAGGGAUGCAAAGGAUUCUUCAAGCGAACGGUACGCAAGGACCUGUCGUACGCGUGCCGGGAGGAUAAAAACUGUACGAUAGACAAACGCCAAAGAAACCGCUGCCAGUACUGCCGGUACCAGAAAUGUUUGGCCUGCGGCAUGAAGCGCGAAGCGGUCCAGGAGGAACGGCAGCGUAGCUCCAAAUUUUCGAUGAAGUCCGAAGAAAUCAACUCGACCAGCUCGGUGCGGGACGUUGUGGUUGAUCGGUUCCUCGAGGCUGAGCAGAUCGGUGAACAGAAGAGUGGCGACAAUGCCAUACCAUACCUGCGCGUUGGCCAGAAUUCUAUGAUUCCAUCAGAGUACAAGGGCGCCGUAUCGCAUUUAUGUCAGAUGGUGAACAAGCAGAUCUACCAGCUAAUCGAGUUUGCCCGACGGCUGCCAAACUUUUCGAAUCUGCCACGCGAGGACCAGGUGACGUUGCUGCGCAGCGGCUGGAACGAGAUGCUGAUUGCGUCCGUCGCCUGGCGAAGUAUGGAGUAUAUUGAAACGGAACGGCCACCAGACGGCAGAAACGAUGGCCGCGUCACUAUCCGGCAGCCGCAGCUGAUGUGCUUGGGACCGAACUUUACGCUGCACCGGAACAGUGCCCAGCAGGCCGGCGUCGACUCACUGUUCGAUCGCAUCCUGUGCGAGCUGGCGAUCAAAAUGAAAAGACUGGACGUGAACCGGGCCGAGCUGGGCAUACUGAAGGCGAUCAUACUGUUCAACUCCGAUAUACGGGGCCUAAAGUGUCGGAAGGAGAUCGACCAGAUGCGGGAGAAAAUUUACGCCUGCCUGGACGAGUACUGCAAAACGCAACACCCGUCGGAGGAUGGCCGGUUCGCGCAGCUGCUGCUACGGUUGCCCGCCCUCCGCUCGAUCAGCCUCAAGUGCAUCGAUCAUCUGAACUUCCUGCGAUUGCUCGGCGACAAGCAGCUCGAUAACUUCAUCAUCGAGAUGCUGGACACGCCGUUGUAGGCGGAACUGCGUGUGUCUCCCGAUCGGCACAGCUCGCCGCCGGACGCGUUCGCCCGAGACGCGCGAGAUGGUGAUGGGGAGCCAGGGACCGUGCUCCUGCUGUCGACCCUGGUGCAGAUGCUGCUGAGAGAGACGGGACUGUUUCUUCUGCUGCUGACGCUGGCAUUUCUCAAAGUGUUACUUUCGCGGGCGUAAACAGAACAAAACUCGUCCGCGCGUGGUGGCUGGCACUAAGCAAGCGAACGAGCGGCAGAACAGACAGGCGUUAUGAAUUAUUUUCAUAACUGUUUGUAUGCUUAGCAGGCAACAACACACAUUUUACACUUUAGUUUUUUUAUGUUAGCAAAUUAAUUGCCACGCACCUUUCCCUUCGUUGGGAAAUACCAGAUUCCGGGCGUAGCUGUAAUGAUCCUUUUGUUUUGUAUGAAAAUCAAACCGCUGGGGCUGGGCACCAGAAGUGAAACGAUGAUAAUGAGACAGUAAUGAACUUUCGAUGCAAAAAUCAAAAAAAAACACACAGAAACAUAAGAAAGUAUAGUAAUACGUUUAAAAUAUGCUUUUCGUCAUCCCUCCCAUAGUAAAGAGAAUGCACUUGUUGAAGCGAUAGCGGGGGGAGAGCAAGGAUCAUCGAAUCGGUCGGCGACCCAAAAGCGAAUUGCGUGCGAAGCGAGCGUGAGCAAUACACAAGCGCACUUGCCCCGGGCACACGUAAAGUGUGCAACAAGACGCUGAACUGGAAGAAACAAGCUAAACGAACAACACACAUUACAAAACGAUAUGGUGCAAAUAGGUUUUAUCAACACUCAACACUUAAUCCCUUUUACCAAGUAAGUCUACAUAGCUGUAAAGUGAUAGGGAGUGGGGAACAUUUACGAGACGGAUAGAGUGAGAGUGAGAGAACCAUCACAGACAGACGUUUGUGUGGGUUAAGCAAGGGAAAUAAAAUAUAUAAACACUCAUUUCCCGCUGCUCUGGCCACACUUUUAAGCCAGGAUUAAUGGAAAGUAAGUGAAAUGGAGUAGUGUGACAGCAUAGAACAUUAGAUUUUUGUUUGCCUAGAGUAAGGGAUGCAAAUUAUUAUAACCAUCCGAUAAAUGCAUUGCACGAUAAAACAAAACCCCCGUACUGAUAGAAGGAAACCGAUUCUCUGGUUUUAGAUCGUUGUUUAGCUACACUGAUGUAUGUUAAAAUGCUACUUGCAAAAUCAUCUCUCUACUAUGCCGCAUUUCAUUACACUCUCGUUUUGCUGCAGUGCUCACUCUCUAGUGGCUAAUCUCACUAGAUCUCAUGACACGAUGCUAGGGGAAAGAUGUUAAAAAUAUACUUAACCAUGCAUAAGAUGAGUAUGCAUUUCUCCUACAGAGGUUUUGCUUUGCUCUUUCUUUUCUUGUUUUCUUUAGUUUGUUAGCACUGUAAAAGCAGGCCGACGGGAAAGUUGUUGUGGGUAAAGCGGCUGAACACACUUGCCCUUGAGUGAUGUAUCCCGUCGUAACUCAUGAUGCAUCUGUUUGUUGUGUAUUUAUAUAAGUAUUGCUCUGCCUGUGCAAAUUCGUUUUAAUCACAGCGACAAGUAAGAAAGUGAACAGCCUGUGCUCGCUAUCGCCACGAGAGGCAGACCACAGCGAUGAGCAAGCAAUUGCACACAGUACACAAUUCUAGAAACGCUCACAGGCAAAGCACAGCACAUAAAUGAUGGGAAGAAAUGACACAGGCUGCUGAAUGUGAAAGAGAUCUAUUUAUUAAUGUUUAAAUGCGCUGAUAUGAACAGCCACUGUUGUAAUAAUCCUUCCUUUGGCAGUAAAGUAACGUUUGCUUCCUUCUGUCCCAUGGUCCCUUUCACUUUACGCGCACAGUUCCACAUCCCCAUGAAAUGCCCCAUGCAUACAUAUAUACCUGCAAAACGCGGAGCUUGAGUGAUUGUCCUGUAGUGAUGUAAGAGGUAGUGUUUCUUUCCUCCCUGUAGAAUUUAAUUAGCAAACACCCAUGUGCAAAUGCAACACGUUCUGUAAAUCGAACACUAAGGAAAAGGGAUCAGGCACAGCAUAAUAACGGCCAGGAAUGGGAUAAAGGUAGAAUGUUGGUAGCAGUUUACUUACAGGUUUUGUUGCUGAAUGAUGUAGAAAGAUGAUAGGAAUGGUUAUAGAAACUAGAAGUUGGUAACGAUGCAGGGAAAAUGAUAUAAUGUUUGUUUGUUAGGUUGUUGUUUCGCAAGAUGAAAAAAGAAAGAAAAGAAAAUAUAUACGCAACAACCAAUAAUGGUGUGGGAUUAAGUGCAAGAGAAAAAAAACAAGGUAAAGUUCGCAUCAGGCGAAAUUACCACCAUUUAGAAUGUGUGUGUGUGUUCCUCAGGAAAGAGCAGCAAAAUUGCUAAUCGAAUGUAAAAGAUAGCAGAAAAGUGAAACGACAGUGAAAAGAACAGGGUAAAUAUAUUGUGUAGCAGAGUAGGCAAAGGGAAAUGGCAAAAGUGCGAACAGUGCAGAAGUGUACGACGGAUAGAUGAAACUAAUUUAUAUAUUUGUAAGCAUUUCUCAAAUGUAAUAAAAGAAGACACACAAAACACGACAGAAUCAAAAAUGUAAGAACAAAUGUAGAGCAAAAAAAAAAACGAUGAACAAACCAUUAAGCACGAGCACCACCCCAUACCUUGCACUGAACCAUGGGUUCCGCAAGAGCAAGAGAUCGGAACAGUCACGUUUGAAGGGAGGAAGCAUCAUCGGGGGGGAUUGGUAUUAGUGAAUAAGGUAUGAUCGUAGGCACACUGUGCCACGCAUUUGGUACCUAAUACUAUGCAAAUGUUUAAAAGAAAAUAAAAGCUCACAUUGGUACUCGAAAAUCGGACGGCGUGUCACAAAAGGAAGUGAAUAAAUAAAGUAAAUUUAUUUGAAGUAAAAAACAAA